AAACCGAGUUUCCCUCAGUUCUCUAGUGGCCGGUUUGAGAAGGGCUGCCACCGGAGUAUAAAACGGGUUUCCUCUUUAUUUAAGCCUCGCGCCUGCGCUUGCACCUUUUCACGUUCGACAGAACCAGUCUCUCGCGAACCACCACGCCUCUGGGAGACCAUUUACCACGAAAAUGUCCUACUGCACUCGAAUCCUUCGAGGCCAGAGGCUCACCGCGUUCGCUACAGACAUUCAGCAAAGAUGUUUCAGCGCGAGCGCAUUGAGCUUCGCUGCCCAGAAGGUGGCAAUGUCGAAAUUCGACAGCACCAGCUACCUCCCUUACGACAAGUUGGAAGAGAAUCUUAAGAUCGUGAAAAAAAGAUUGAACCGGCCACUGACUCUAUCCGAAAAAGUAUUAUACUCUCAUCUUGAUGAUCCCAAGAAUCAGGAAAUCGUUCGUGGAACCAGCUACCUUAGGCUGCGACCGGACCGCGUGGCCAUGCAGGAUGCCACUGCUCAGAUGGCCAUGUUGCAGUUUAUCAGCUCAGGAUUGCCAAAGGUUGCCGUUCCCUCGACAAUUCACUGCGACCACUUGAUCGAAGCGCAGACAGGUGGCACUCAGGACUUGAAACGAGCGAAGGACAUCAACAAGGAAGUGUACAACUUCCUGAAGACCGCUGGCGCGAAGUACGGAGUCGGUUUCUGGAACCCAGGCUCGGGUAUCAUCCAUCAAAUCAUACUUGAAAAUUACGCCUUCCCAGGCUUGUUGAUGAUCGGUACCGACUCCCACACGCCGAACGGCGGUGGCCUGGGCUGCCUGUGUAUCGGCGUCGGCGGUGCCGAUGCUGUCGACGUGAUGGCCAACAUCCCAUGGGAAUUGAAAUGUCCGAAAGUCAUCGGUGUGAAGUUGACGGGAACCCUGAAGGGUUGGACAAGCCCGAAGGAUGUAAUCUUAAAGGUAGCUGGUAUUCUGACUGUGAAGGGAGGAACCGGAGCUAUCGUGGAAUACUUUGGAUCUGGCGUGGACAGCAUCAGUUGCACGGGAAUGGCUACUAUUUGUAAUAUGGGUGCCGAAAUCGGUGCUACUACCUCGAUCUUCCCAUACAAUUGUCGCAUGCAGGAUUAUCUGAAGGCUACUGGUCGCAGCGCAAUCGCUGGAGCCGCUGAUCAACAUAAAGAGCUAUUGACUGCCGAUUCUAAUGCCAAAUACGAUCAGGUCAUCGAGUUGGAUUUGACGACGCUGGAGCCGCACGUGAAUGGACCGUUCACGCCUGAUCUCGCUCAUCCCAUUUCCAAAUUGGGUAGCACUGCCAAGCAGAACGGCUGGCCGAACGAAAUCAAGGUCGGGCUGAUCGGUUCCUGCACGAAUAGCUCUUACGAGGACAUGGGCAGAUGCGCGAACAUCGCAAAACAGGCCAUCGAAAACGGUCUGAAAGCGAAGUCGGUGUUCAACGUCACGCCCGGGUCCGAGCAAAUCCGCGCCACCAUUGAACGUGACGGAAUCGCGAAGAUUCUUCGAGAUUUCGGAGGCAUCGUUCUGGCGAACGCGUGUGGCCCUUGCAUAGGUCAGUGGGAUCGUAAGGACGUAAAGAAAGGCGAGAAGAACACCAUCGUGACCUCGUACAACCGUAAUUUCACGGGUCGUAACGAUGCGAACCCGUCCACUCACGCUUUCGUCACCAGCCCUGAACUUGUCACUGCCCUCUCGAUUGCCGGCCGUCUAGACUUCAAUCCGCUCAGCGAUAAGCUCAAAGGCAAAGAUGGAAAGGAGUUCCUCCUCAAAGACCCUUUCGGUGACGAGCUUCCGAGCCGUGGUUUCGACGCUGGAGAGGACACCUACGAUGCACCACCUGCUGACGGAAGGAAAGUGAAAGUAGACGUAAACCCGAAGAGUGAAAGAUUACAAUUAUUGGAACCGUUCGACAAAUGGGAUGGCAAGGACCUCACCGAUUUGACAGUUUUGAUCAAAGUCAAAGGAAAAUGCACUACGGAUCACAUCUCAGCUGCUGGCCCAUGGUUGAAAUACCGUGGCCACUUGGACAAUAUCUCGAACAACAUGUUCAUUGGAGCCGUGAACUCGGAGAACAAUGAGAUGAACAACGUGAAGAAUCAGCUGACAGGCGGAUGGGGCAAAGUCCCGGACGUGGCCAGAGAUUACAAGAAGAAGAACGUGAGGUGGGUGGCCGUGGGCGACGAGAACUACGGAGAGGGUUCGUCCCGAGAGCACGCAGCUCUGGAACCCAGACAUCUAGGCGGUCGCGCGAUAAUCGUCAAGAGUUUUGCACGUAUCCACGAAACGAACUUGAAGAAGCAGGGUCUGUUGCCGUUGACAUUUGCCAACCCUAGCGAUUACGAUAAGAUCGAUCCUACUGACAAGAUCAGCCUUCUCGGGUUGAAAGACCUUGCGCCUGGCAAGCCGGUGAAAGCCGAGAUUAAGCACAAGGAUGGCAAAGUGGAUACCAUCACCCUAAACCACACCAUGAACGAGCAACAGAUCUCCUGGUUCAAGGCGGGUUCGGCGUUGAACCGCAUGAAGGAAAUCGCGGGCCAAUAAAGAGGCUCGUGAGAACGCGGGGAAACCGUCGAAAGGAGACGUGCACGAUCUCGUAGUUAGUUACGUGUAUACCGAACGCGAAGCAGAACGGGGAAUGAUCGGUAUGACACUAAUUUUUCUGAGUAGAUUUGCGUUAAACAGUAAAGCGAGUCGCUAACGAAGCGGCGAGAGAGAAUUUACUUAAAAACGUAACUGCACCGUGAGACGCAACGGCAAUGGUGCGACUGUACAUGUUUUCUUCGCGACAAUACCUCAACGAACGUCUGCCAUCAGUCAGUGAUGAAACGAACCGGGUAAAAAAAAUUGUGAAAGGGGAGGAGAAUGGAUUUAAUCUUCGCUUCUAGUGUAAGUAAGUCGUAGAGACGUGAAAUCGAAUCGUUAUUUUAGAUGUCGCGGCGAACUAGGAGAGUGGGGCUCGCGUGCGAACUGAGGAAAGUUCCACGCGCCGAUAAGACUGCGACCCGCGCGUGCCAACGUGUGUUCAUUUUUAAAUCGUGUACAGCCCGCCGAUGGCACGCGGUGAUCGCGUCGUCACGCACCCACGCCCCGCGUCAGCGACGGAACCUUCUUGUACAUACUACAUCCAUACGUCGUUCGCAAUGUAGGACGCAUCGUUAUACCGUUUUCUAGACAUUAAUUCCAUCAGAUUGUAAGAUUUGCUGUUGUUACGCGAGAAAAUAAAACGUUGAACAGCGAA